UACUAGAAUCACGUGGAACACAAUGGCAGUGGCAGUGGCAGCAGGAGAAAAUUCCUCAAGAGUUGCUAUGGCUCAUUCUGAUAAAUUGAUGGAAGCAGUUGGAAAGCAUCCUAAAUUUAAAGAGAGAGCUAAUCAAGUCUACUCUCUCAUUGAAGCAUACAAUCUACACUCUCAAUUAAUGUUAGUAUCCCCUCCAUUGGCAACUGAGGGAGGGUUGAAAUUAUUUCAUUCUGCUGAUUAUAUUGAUUAUAUAAAAUCCACUCAAGCAUUGUCUGAAAAUGAUGAUGAUUAUGAUGAUGAAGAAGACUCACCUGUAUUGAGAUAUGGAUUGUAUUAUGAUUGUCCGAUAUUUGAUGGUCUCUAUACUUAUGUAUCCAGUGUAGCAGGUGCUACUAUUGCCAUGACUUCAUUGCUAAUGACAGGUCAUUGUGAUGUGGCCAUCAAUUGGCAUGGGGGAUUACAUCAUGGAAAGAAGGAUGAGGCGUCUGGGUACUGCUAUAUUAAUGAUAUUGUCAUUGGUAUAUUGUGUCUAAUGAAACGUUAUCAGAAAGUACUUUAUAUUGACCUUGAUAUUCAUCACGGUGAUGGUGUACAAGAUGCUUUUUAUUAUUCUUCCAAAGUUUUUACUGUCUCAUUCCACAAACAUGCUGUUGGAUUUUUUCCUGGCACAGGCUCUGUGUCUGAAAUAGGAAACGGAAGUGGUCUUUACUACAAUGUCAAUGUUCCGCUGUGGGAUGGCAUUAGCGAUGAGCAAUAUUUGUAUAUUUUUAAAAGCAUAAUGUCAAUGGUACACGAUAGCUUCACCCCACAAGUAGUUGUAGUCCAAUGUGGUGCUGACUGUCUUGCUGGCGAUCCCCUCGGCAGUUUUAACCUCUCCAUAAGAGGAAUGGGAGCUUGCAUAGAGUUUGUAAUGAAGUGGGGACUACCAGUCUUAUUAUUAGGAGGAGGUGGCUAUGAUUUUUCUAACACGGCAAGAUGCUGGGCGUAUUUGACAAGUCUCGUCUUAAAGCAAGAAAUACCCACAGAUAUACCAGAACAUGAUUACUUUGCAUCAUACAAACCGGAUUAUCAGCUUGAUAAUGAAUUACUAGUAAACACUAAGAGUCAAGCAAGCCCUGAAGAUAUUGAGGAACUCAUUAAAGUUUUAUCCAAAAACAUACUCCGACAAUAACAAAAACUAAUUCAACUGAAGAUUAAAAAAGAACAUUUUAAUAUACACAUGUACAUAAUUGUAUUUAGUCAUUAAAAUUAAUCAAUAAUUAACUGCAACAAUCAGCUACGUACAAUAUGAUAAUAAUAAUAAUAAUUUUGUUUAUUUAAUUAUAAAGAAAAUGUUCAGACUUAGAUAGGUAAUAUUGAU